GAAGCCUCCUCGUGUGAUUCUGUAGAAAUCUGGAGGUUCAGAACUGUCUCUGGCUUCAUGUUUGACAGGAAGUAGAAACACAUGAAAGGAGCAGUCUGUAGUUUUAGUGAAGAAAUGUUAAUGAGCAGAGGAAGAUGUUCAUUGGCUGAUUUUUAAUAAACGAACUCUCUUUGGCUUCAUGACAAAAUUAACAAACUGAAAACACAGUUUAUACUGUUCACUGUGUUUACAUGUGGCGGACCCUGUCACCUGUCCCACAGUGUUAUUGGACCUUACUGUCCUCUGACAGCAGCUGGGUUCCUCACUGAUGGAUACAAUUUGUAUAAUUACCUCAUUAAUAUUGUUAAUAUUUAAAUACUGACUUUGUUUAUUCUAUAAACUACGUACCGGUCCUUUAAUGCUGAGUUUAAAUGAAUUUAUUUAAGACUUUUAUUGUUUUAAAUCAGACGCAACGGCAACAUACUCUCGCUGUCGGGCCUUUAUUUUGUAAUGUCAGACAGGAAGUACUGUGUCCAUCUGCUCCUGCGCAGCUUGACGUCACGCGGAGAGCCAAUCAAACGCCUCCUCUCGUGUGUUGACGGACGUCUCCAGCGUCGGGUCCGGGCUCGAGGUUGCCCUAGCAACUCAAAGGAUGGACCAAUCAGAACGAGGCAGGCGCUCCAUCCCCAUCCGCGGAGCAGGAGGCGGAGCAGGGAGUCCAGAGACCCGUCGGUCCUCUUAAGUCCGGAGUCCACGAGCCGAACUGAACCGACUCUGGUGGAUUUUCAGCUCCGUGCGUAAAAAGCGCGGCGCGUCCUGAGCUGAUGGUUCCGAGGACGCACUGACCCGUCCUUCCUCCGACGGGUGUCGGCGGGUCACGCUGGGCACUUGUAGCUUCCCGGGAUACAAUCCGAACCGGUGACCGAACCGGUCUGUUGCGUGUAAACACACUGAGAGUCUCAGUGUCGUGGAUCGUGGCGGACUGAUUUCCUCUUGGAUCGAGGAGGAGAGGAACAGGUUCUGGCUCUGAGCUGCCGAGUCUCAUCUCAUGAUGGGAGGCGGCAGCUGAGGAUGAGCCACAGAACCAGCCCGGCCCGGGCGCACGACUUCCUGCUCAAGUUCCUGCUGGUGGGAGACAGCGACGUCGGGAAGGGCGAGAUUCUGGCGAGCCUGCAGGACGGAGCAUCCGAGUCCCCGUACGGGUACAACACGGGGAUCGACUACAAGACGACCACCAUCCUGCUGGACGGGAGGAGAGUCAAGCUGCAGCUCUGGGACACGUCGGGUCAGGGUCGAUUCUGCACUAUCUUUAGAUCUUACUCCAGAGGAGCACAGGGAGUGAUUCUGGUGUAUGACAUCACCAACCGCUGGUCAUUUGAUGGAAUCGACAGGUGGAUCAAAGAGAUAGACGAGCAUGCCCCGGGAGUGCCCAAGAUCCUGGUUGGGAACCGUCUCCACCUGGCCUACAAGCGCCAGGUGACCACCGAGCAGGCGCAGGUGUACGCAGAGAAGCUGGGCGUCACCUUCUUCGAGGUCAGCCCGCUGUGCAACUUCAACAUCACCGAGUCGUUCACGGAGCUCGCUCGCAUCGUCCUCCUGAGGCACGGCAUGGAGCGGCUGUGGAGACCCAACAAAGUGUUGAGUCUUCAGGACCUCUGCUGUCGCUCCAUCGUCUCGUGCACUCCGGUCCACCUGGUUGAUAAGCUCCCCCUCCCACUGGCUCUAAAGUCCCACCUGAAGUCCUUCUCCAUGGCCAACGGCCUCAACGCUCGCAUGAUGCACGGACGCUCCUACUCUGUUACCACCAACGCCGCUACUCACCACGCCGCAACCAAGAGAACCGGAGGGGCGCUGCUGAAAAAACCCAAACUGAUCCGGCCGCCGCCUCUCAGCCCGUCUGCACAGAGCUGCAGGAACAGCUGUAAGAUAUCCUAACAGCUGAAUGGAUGUGUCCGUGAACGCACCAUCACUUGGUCCAAACGACCGUGAACUUGAGUCACGUGACACGCGGCUGCAGCUUCUCUCUGAACCUUCUGUCUUCACUCACAGACGCCGGCUGAGACUAACAGGACUGGGACCAGUUUCAGAUCUGUUUCGUCACCUCUGUGCAUUUCUGGGGUGAUUUCCUUUUUUAGCUGUUUUCUUAUUUCGUGUGGACAAUCAGACAGGAAGUGACAUCACACAACGUGGACUGCACCUCUCCACUGCCGUUAUGUUUCUGAACCAGCAGUCAUCAACUCAUCAGAGACUCAGACAGACAAUCGGACAUCUCAAUAAUAAAGACCAAAUAUUAUGUAAAAAAAUAAUUGUUUUACAAAACAUGUAAUAUUAUGAGAAUAAAAAACGUGUACAAGAUAUGUUGAGAAAAGGUUUAGCUGUAUUUGUUAACAUGAAACUGUUGUGUUCUUUUAAAAUUACCACUUUGAAAUAUUAUGAUUUUAAAUUUGAGAUUUUAUGACUUGUUGUAACAUUCUGAUUUUUCUCCCUGAAAACAUAAAAAAGGGCUUUUUACCAGAUAAUGAAAAGAACUGCACAUUUUUUCCCUUGUUACUUUUCUCUCAACAUGUUCUGACCUGAUUCUGACUGAUAUGUGAGUCGAGAUCCGAUCCGAUCACUGAGGUGUUCAGCUUCAUCCUCAGGACGACUACACACACACACACACACACACACACACACACACACACACAGUUGCAGUUUGUGUACAAUAUUUGUACGUGUUGUAACUAUGACUGUUUGUGAUGAUGGAGGUUCUGUUGGGUUUGGACCCGGUCUCAGCGUGACUCACCUGAGGACUGUUUUGCACUGUUUAUCAUUGUUUAAUAAGAAGCACCUUUACAAUAAACUCUACCCACCAUCA